AUUUCUAAGCGACAGCAUGAAGCUGGAGUCAAACCUUUGAACGCCUCCUUAAACCGUACUCCAUUUUCACCCUUGAGCUGCACAUCAAAGCUCAUCCCCGACCCUGCUAAAGCCCAGAACAAAUGUCUUCUUCCGCCGCCUUGCGCCACGCGCGCCACCUCUCAACCGCGGCUGCUUUGUCAGCUUCCAGCGCCACCAUCUCUAUCUCCAAAGCAAAAUCAAAGCUCAAAGCCGAGCACGACCCAGACAAAGCCCUAGAGAUUUACUCCUCCGUUUCCGACCGUUACAUUUCCCCUUUGUCCUCCCGCUAUGCUCAGGAAUACACAGUCAAGCGCCUCGCUAAAUCCCAUCGUUUUUCCGACAUUGAAAGUUUCCUCGACUCUCACAAGAAUAGCUCACAAAUUACUCAAGAGCCUUUUCUUUCAUCCAUAAUUCGUUCUUAUGGAGUCGCCGGAAUGUUCGAUCACGCGCUCAAUAUUUAUCAUGAGAUGGAUGAUUUAGGCACCCCCAGAUCAACAAUUUCUUUCAAUGUGCUUUUAUCAGCUUGCGUGCACUCGAAACAAUAUGAUCGUGUCCCCCACCUGUUUGAUGAAAUUCCUGUGAAGUAUGGAUUUUUACCUGAUAAAGUCUCAUAUGGUAUAUUAAUUAGGUCAUAUUGUGAAAAUGGAUCGCCAGAAAUGGCAAUGGAAAGGCUUAAGGAGAUGGAAGAGAAAGACGUGGAGAUUACUACUGUUACUUUCACUACUAUAUUGCACUCGUUUUAUAAGAAGGGGAAGAUCGAUGAGGCCAAAAGAGUUUGGAAUGAGAUGGUGAUCAGAGGGCAUGGACCAGAUGUUGGUGCAUACAAUGUAAAGAUUAUGAACAUUCAGGGUGGUGAUCCGGAGGGCGUGAAAGCCUUAAUUGAGGAAAUGAGUGAUGCAGGGUUAAAACCCGACACGAUUAGCUACAAUUACUUGAUGACUUGUUAUUGUAAGAAUGGCUUGAUGGAUGAGGCGCAGAAGGUUUAUGAGGAUUUGGGGUCAAAGGGGUGCAAUCCAAACGCUGCAACGUUUAGGACUUUGAUCUUUUACUUGUGUAAGAAGGGACGGUUUGAGACAGGGUAUAAAGUUUUCAAGGAGAGUGUGAGAGUUCACAAGAUUCCGGAUUUCAGUACACUAAAGUAUUUGGUGGAAGGAUUGGUGCAGAGAUCAAAGUUGAAAGAUGCAAAAGGGAUGGGCAGGACAGUGAAGAAGAAGUUCCCUCCUAACUUGGUAAAAGCUUGGACCAAGCUAGAGGAGGAGCUUGGUCUGGCUAAACUAGAAGCCGGUGAUAAGAAGGUCAAUCAUACUUGUUAGGCUCAGUAGUUGGAUGGUGAUGGAUGAUUUUGUUUGCUGGAUGUGUUUCAUACAUUUCCAUAAUUUAUGAGGGCUUUUUGAUCGUUAAAUUUCUCUUGUUUUUCAUAAAGAUGUGAGCUCACACUUGAUAAUUGGGUUCUACCAUUUUUUAUGACCUUUAUAAAGUUGAUGAAGAGCUGUACAUGAAGAUUGUAAGCCUACUUUUGGAGGAUCUGCAAAUGAUAAAGGAUGCCCGAUGGCGAAUUCCUUUCAUAUAACUGACAAAUUUGAAAGGGGAAAAGAACUAGCUGGUAAGUCGCGCAUCUACGCUCUCAUAGUUUAUCUCUUGCCAUCCCUUUCAAUGCUUAUAAUUUUUUUUUUCGGCUGUCACUAAUUGAUCACGCCUUUGAUGAUUUACAGGCUUAUGCCGAUUAUGGUCAUAAUAAGGUCAAAUUUCUUUGGGUUUUGCGCAUCAAAGAUCAGUUUUUAUUUUUAUCAUGGUGCAGCAUUUUUUGUUUAGUACUUAAUUUAUUGAACAAAAAGUAGGGAUUCACGGUGGGUCGCAUGUGCCUUUACAUUAUUUUAAUCAUAUUUCUUCUCUGCAAUUUGCAAUUGAAAAGUGCUUAAUUGGCUCUUCCCUAGUCCCUACACAUGGAGUUUGCCUUUUUUUCUUUUUUCUCCUUCCUCUUUUAGUUGGCCUGACUGAUAUAAUAACAUUUUCAAACCAAAGGUUAAGGUUGUGCGUUGCCCCAUUCGGAAACCUCGUUGCUCAGCUGUCACUGUCAACUCCACUUGUUCGUUUCUAUUGUCUGUAUAGUACUAAUUAAAUAUUUAGUCAUAUUUUAGUGGGUUCAUAUGAGAAUCAUCAACAAUUUACCACCAGAUUGGAAAGUGCUACCUUUUCAAAUCAUGCUAUCUGGGGCCGUGAUAGUCGCUUUACAGUUAAAGCAUCUCAUCAUGUACCUAAUACACUACUGUGAUCAAUUGUAUUUCCUAUGUACGUGGAAUGAUACAGGAUGGAGUAAAUUUAUGGAGGAUACUUGAGAUAUCCAUCUCUUUGUACUUUAGAACUUGAACUAUAGCUGGGUUUUAAGUGAUCUAAAUUCUUUCGGAACUAUAGCCAAAUAACAGAGCUAAGUUUUAGGGUGUGUGUUAAGUUUUCCAUGUUGUAAAAGGUGUAGAAUAUUUCACAUGGUUGAGUGAAUGAACUGCUGUCUCCUUAUAUGGUUUUGGGUAAUCUUCACUUCAUGAGUUAACUUUUGCGGUAAAGUUAGUCGCAAACUUCAUUUUUUUAUAUGGUAUCAGAUCUAGACCCGUUCCUAUUCUUUGUUAUGUUGUCCAUGCUCCAAAUGCCCUGCCUUGUGUGUAAUUGAACAUCUUUGUUAACUUAUACUGUAUUCUGUGAUGCUUUCUAAGAUCAUUGAUUUCAUAAGACACAAAAGCACCUCUUGAUUAUUGUACAAAGAUGAGAUUUUCUUAAAAAUAAAUGUCGCAAUAAAGUCGGCGCACAUUAUGGUCCUUUCUUUGUAGUAAUAUAUUAGCAAGCACCUUCUGGUAUAGACCUGGAUAGCUGAACUUCAUAUAUAGUUUUCAUCUCUUCCCAUUGUUCACCUGCAUGCACAAUGGGCUUUAACAUGCGUAGAGGUGUUUAGCCCCUCAUAUCUUUUAAUUUCAAGUAAUGUUAUAUGGGAUAGAAGGAGGAAGGAUCAAGAGCACGAAUAAUUGCUUAAGGUGCAAUAACUUCAAUUUAUUUAGCAUCUCUAAAAUGAAAUCUAGAUGUUCGGAUAUACAUGUACGAUACUAUUGAAAAUACAACUUCCAGGCUUAUAUUUCAACCUGUGGCGAACAAUUGAAUUUAUACUACUACUACUACUACUACUACUAAUUACACAUAAGAGUGCAAAUCUUAUGUACAUAUCAACAUGUCUAAACAUUUGGGCCAAUAUUUUUAUUCUGAGAAGCAUGACCAAUACCCGGACUGUGUCCUGCUUUGAGAUCGUUUACGCUUCCUUCAACAGUGUGCUUUGGUUGAUAAUUUGCUUUUGGUCCUGAAGAAGAAUGUCCAAUACCUGGACUAUUUCCUGUUCCUGUUGGUGUGUAGUUGAUUUUUCCCAUAACUGGUGAAGUAUCACCAGUAAAACUUUGCCUCCCAAGAGUUUCUUUUUCCAUCGUGUUAUCAGCAGAGUGAAACUCGUGUUUCUUCAAUGCUUUCAGUUGUCUUCCCUCAGUCAUUAGAACGAGGUGGAAAGCAACUACUGCAAGAAGGAAACUAAAUACACAGAUAUGUUUGAUACAUGCCAUAACUAGAGAGGCAAUUUCUGUAGAGGUACUUAAAGGUGAAAUAGCUCUUUGAAUGCUUAAUUUUUUUGCUUGUGAAAGAAGCAAAGAGAACUAGACACCACAGGAGAGAAAAGUAAUGGGGUUUCAAGUGUUCUAUGGAGAUGAUAUCUAACUUGGUCUUUGGGUGAAGAAUGUUUUCUGUUGUUGUGGUACCUGUGUAUAUAUAGGAACGAGAACUUUCCUAUGCAUGUAAGGUCAUCAAUAUUUUAUUACUCUGUACUUUUUCUAAAAUUUAAAAUUGUCCUCUUGUAGGAACAAUUUGGAUGGUUCAUGGUCCUUCAAUAAGUUUGGAAUGCUUUUAACUUGCUUUGUAAAUGGGUCGUCACUGAUCUUUAGCACUGUAUUUCGUUGUUACUUCUUUCCUAGUUCUUUUAUGGUCCAUCAGUGCUUCUUUCAUUUCUUUGUCCUCUUUACAAUUUGAGUUGCUGCUAUACAUAUAUUUUUCAAAAAUAGGAUUUAAGUUAUUUGAUAGCAAUUUUUUUUUACAACAUAGUAAAAUAUAAUAUACUAUCAGGCGAUAGUAGAUUUACUCUAUUUUUCAGGUUAUUAUAGUUGCUAUGAAGAGAUAUUUGUUGUAGGAAGAAGGAUAAGCAGCUUAGUUUACUGGAUCUAAAUUACCCAAUAUUCUUAACAUGGGGUGUAAAUAUAUGUGAAAAGUUAUUACUAAAGUUUUAAUAACUAUUAAUUGUGAACCUAUAAUUAUAUUUCAAAAGUGCAAUAAGUUCAACGGUAAGAAGUAAGAACUUAUAAAAUGAAUUCAUUAAGUUUAUAUUCAGAAUCGUCUCUGGUCAUAACUCGUAAGUCAACAUUAAAUUAUGGUGUAAAAAAUCUACAUGAUGUUGGUGCAUCCAACUUACACUAAAAAUAUAAUGCUUUGACCUGCUUGAGUCAUGCGGUCGUUUGGCUGACAAGUAUUUAUUGCAUUGUAAAGUGUUUAGACUUGUAGUAAGGCUGAUAGUUGGAUGUACAGUAGCCUCUCUUUUUGUGCAUGCAGCUUUAUUGUUUCUAAAUAGCAAAGAUAGCUAAAGAUCUUCAGAUUUUAGGCUUAUAAUAACAGAAUUAUGUUCAGCCGGCCGUCCCACCACCGAAAUUUAAACUUGAAAGAUUGGAUUCUUUAGUACUUCCCACUUGUCUGUGCUUAAUUUUUUUAUCUGGGUGGUUUAUAUGCAAGUUCUGACGCUUUUCAGUACACAAAUUUAAGUGAAACCCAUCUUAUUCUAGUUCAUUUUAAUUUGUUUAUGGUACACUUAUGCUUUUGAGAGAGUACUUCAUGAUUAGUUAGCUGUUGAAAGGUUAAGAUUCCAAAUCUUAGGUAACCAUGAUCAUUCCUAUUUCAGCUGUAUCAAAAACCUGUGAAGGGCGGCUAAGGCCGUUUUGUUAUAAUCUGCUAAAAGUAGCUUUCCAGAAAAUUAAAAAGCCUUUUCUGCUCCUUUUCUCUCUAUGUUUUGAGCUCAUUCUUAUUUUAGUCCUUUUGUAUCAAAUUCGGCUGGAGAAGAGAACUUAUGAAAUGUAGAGUAUUUCUUCUAUUGCUUGCUGCAUACUUAUUUAUGCUCAAUCAUAACUAUAUAUGCAUUUGAAAAAGAUAUUCUUCACAUUGCUGUUAAAUACAAUUAUAUUUUCCUUUUGAAUCUUGGGACUUCCCUUAUAAUGUUCAUUAAUUGCUAGUUGCUUCUCAUUUGUUGGCUACUCCUAUUCAUUUUCUCUUUGCAUUAGUAUGAAAUUGGAGCUCUAUGUUUUCCUGGGAUCAAAUAAUAUUCUGUUGAAAAGUAAAAGCACCAAGAUGCGCCGCACGCACGGGUGCCUUGGAAAUAUGAUUUCUGCUUAAAAGAGCACCAACCACUAACCAAAAAAGUUGAUUGCUAAUGGAUGGCUUAAAUAAGCUAUGGAUAGUUGACUGAAACUAAGUGAUCAUUAGUCUAGAUUUUAAUUUGUUGUGGUCCUUUUCAUUUAUAUCUUCCACACUUUGACUCUUCCUUUUCUUGUCCAUAGUAGUAAUAAAUUCAACUGUCAUGAUCACUUAUCUUUUUUAGGAAUUUUCAAAUUGAUGUGACAUCUCUGAUACUUUUACUUUCUAGUACUAUACUAUUAGUUUUAUUUGUUUUAAGAGAACUGUUUUAGCUUUAUGCUGAUGUCGCUGGUUAAUUUAUUUUCCCUAAUGAGGAUCAGUUAUAUUGUGGAUUUAUGUUGUUGACCUUCUAGUGGAGAAGAUGUCCAAUAUGAGAUUCUAAUUCAACAGGUCACAUUCUAUUCUUUUCUGCGUCUUUCAUUUGUCAUAUGGACUGGAGAUUUGAUAUAGAGUUUGGAGGAAAUUAAGGGAUAAUAGAUAUGGCUGUGAUUAUGUUCUUCCUUGAUAUCCUUAGCUCUAUUUAGCUCAUCUUAGUCCAAUAUUAUAUGAAAUAAAAUAAAAAUAAAGUUAUUACUCUUGCUUCUGCUAGAUAAUUCAAUUUUGCAGCAAAUUUUCGUGGUUCUUCCUGAACUUCAAUGACGGCCAGGGUUCCAUGAAUCAUGAUGGGUUUUUUCAUGCUCAAGUAGCCAAGCUCCUCUUUUUUCUUUACCCCAUAUUUCUCUUUUCACUAAGUACCACCUCCUUUCUUUUUGUCUUUGAUAGUGUUUUUUCUUUCUCGUUUUGGGUUAUCAUCUCAUACUUUUUCCCCGGGGUGGGGGGUGGGGGGGGUGAAGAAUAUUUUGUCUGGUGAAUACUAAAAUUAAUUUGGUAACUACAGAAGCCACCUACUUGUGAGGGCCCUAGCACUCUUCUUUGUCUCAAAUAGGUUAUUACUACUUGUUUCAAGUAAGUCAAAAUAAACCAAAUGAUACCUUGGAAGUGGGAUAUGCAAUUCAUUGACUGUCCAUUUCCUCAUUCUCUCUAUAAACUGAAAUUGGGAAAGGGGAUUCUUUCAAUAAGGGCAUCUUAAGUUGGCUCCUCGAGUCCUGGAAGCCUCUCUUUAGUGUUGGCCCACCAAAUUGCAGAAGACAUAAAUGAUAGACUAUAUUACUACUAGAAAACAAAGAGCAUUUUGUUUCAGCUUUUGCUAGACUGUGAUUCAUGAGUGCUGGUGGUAGCUCAAAUGGUUCUUAUAGUAUAAAUCACCUAAAAAAGACGGUAUAAAGGAUCUUUUCCAUGUCUUUUGAACCAAAAAGGUUUAUAGAUUUUUUAAUAUAGUAGUUGUUUUUACCAUUAUAAUUCAUCUUUCCUCCUUUUUCCUAUUCUCAAUUUAGAUGGUUAAUUACGCCUUGCAGUUUUUUUGUUGAAUAUUCAGAGAUGCGCCAACUACCAAGGCACAUGUUGGAAUUUUGGAGAGAGUGCAGAUUUUGACAACUAUGCAGACAUUUACCAAGAGAUUCUUUUCCCACAUCUUUGGGUCCCGAAGGAGUGAAGCCAUCGGCAUGACCAGGGGGAGGGGGCUGAGACACUAUCUGAACCGGACUUGGCGGUGUUGGUGCUAGCGGGGUUGCAGGGUUUAGAGGGGUCAUUUGCAUUCUCAAACUUCAAGUAUCUUCCCUCAAUAGAUUGAAUAAUGUAAGGGAAUAAGAUCAUGGAGAGGAAAAGGUUAGCAAGGAUCAAUUUGAUUUGAGCCAUGAAGAGAGUGAUAAUAGAUCAGAAUGCAAUUGAUGCUAUUUGUAUGCUUAAACUCAUUCUCUGUAGCUAUUUAUAGAUGGAAAGCAAGCAACAUGAGGGCUAUUGGGUCCUUACUAGUUGGAGAUUCUCACAUGCAUUACACAAGAGGACAGAGAUGUGUUGGAGUAACUUUUUUCAUUUUA